AUGAGCUUCGGAACAGGUCGCGCGGGUGAAAGCUACGUUUUGGCGCUGCAAGCGCAAUGCGUGCUGUUCCUCAAGCGUUGGUCAACCGUUGGUCCAGUGGGGUCCUGGGUUCGCACCAAGUGCACAACUGCUGUGUGCACACGGGCGACCACGAAGCAAUGUUUGUUCGAACCAAAUUGUUACUUUUCCAAGUCUGGUCGAAGGAACGUCACCACUUCACCCCUGGCGCUGUGUGUUGUGAAACACAUCUCUUUCAAGAACAGGUCAACCACUACAGGAAGUUCUUUGUUUUUCUAUUUGCAGCUUGACCAGACUGACCAGAUUUGA